UUCUUCCCUGAUUUUUCUGAUAUCCGAGUUGCGUUCUAUUGCAAUAACGAGAAGACGCUGUCCGAGGUAAAUCGACGUCAUUCCUGGAAAACUCGCCACAUCCAACUUAACAAGCCUAUCGGUCGACCGAGCUUCGAGUGCGGUUCCGAUCGUGACUUUCAUCGCGAUUGCGCUCUUAUUUCGUAACAUUACUAUCGCAAAAACUCCUCGAGAUAGCUCGAAUAAUAUAUCUUCUUUAGGAGUAUUAAAUUUAAAUAUAGUCACAAUGGAAAUACUCAUGAUCGCAAUGAAAAUUACACAUAGAUAAAAAAAAUGAAAAAUUACGUCGAUACAAGAACUCGAUAAGAGAAGCUAAAAGAAUCGACGCUAAAACAUAGUUGUCGGUGCGUGAACAUACAUCUAUGACGUUAAUGAUCGUCUCGACAACGAUCGAAGAUACAACAAAUUAUUUACGCCAGUUGAUGUUUCUAUAAUCGUUACUUCGCAAUCGAUAACCACCUAGGCAGCAGUCCUAUUAUCAAUCGUUAUCGAACACAGGCGUUAGUGACAUAAAAUACUUAUGCAGUGAUCGUUUUGACUAAAAAAUGAGCGGUCCUUUUCCUUCCAAAUAAUUUUAAAUCUCGCUUCGCUUGCAAUGAUCUCACCUUUGCAGUCACGAGUACGUGGCGCGUGCGAUGGAGAAUUCCACGAAAGAUUCUUCGCCGCCAAACAGGAUUGGUCACAAUAACCAAACAGAUAAAGACGACUUGCGCCAUAAUGAAGUUCCUGUUAUGCCGCAACAGACGCAAUUCUCGUGUUCUUUAUACAUUUCGCGUGCCGGUGGCCUUCAAGAUCAGGGCCACAGUAUCCAAGAUUCCAAAUUGUUGCGAUCUCAUCUCGAGGAAGCUAUCGUCGCUUCCGAACCGUUGUCAACGUGGCAAGUCUCUGAAACUCCAUGUGGUCUGAUUGCCGCUUUCGUGCGAGAAAACGAUGCCGAGAAACUGUUGCAACGCGGCGACUUGGCUCAAGUGUUUGGAGGACCUGUACAAGUAGCGCGAUUCUCAGCGAGAGAUUCUCGAUAUCGCCAGGCGGUACUUCUGAGAGAUGUACCAUGGGCCAUACCACUGCAAGAUAUAAAUUCAGCUUUAGUGAAGCAAGGGAUCGUCGCUGGAAAUGUCGAACGUUCACGACAAUUUAUUCGCGUAGAAGUUCUCGACGCGGGUCAUUACGAAGCUUUGCUACGUCAAGGUCUGGAUUUUUUUGAAGUGGCUCGUUUCAAUGCCACCCCGGAACGCUGGUGGUGUAAUGGCAGCUGCGGAGGAACUGCAUACUCCACCGAUUCUUCGCGAUAUGCGUCAGGAAAUGACGGAGGCAAUAUUCCGGAGGUGUACCAAGAGAAUGUAUCGCAAAUGACGGACAACGUGUUGCAGUGCUACCGGUGUCAGGGUUUCUGGCACGUGGCCGCCAAUUGCCGGCACUUGCCGCGUUGCGUCCGUUGCGGCGAGCCGCACAGUGUCGUGUUCUGUCCAAGGCCGCGCAACAACCCUGUAUGCUGCCACUGUUCUGGGCCUCAUCACGCCGGAUAUAGACAGUGUCCAGUCAGAUUGCAGCUGGCUAAUGCGACUCCCGUGAGUAUCACGUUGAGUACGACACGCACGGGGGGUCAAUAUCCAGCGAAUGUUAUGAACAAAUCAAAUCCCUCGUGUCACUCUCUGAGGCAGAACCACUGUUAAACACCAUUGUUUACCGAACAAAAUUGUGUAAAGAAGUAACAGCCUCAUUAGCAUCGUUUUCGAAAUCUUAAUGGAUCUGCAUAACAUCUCUCUACAUUGCAUAAUAAUAAUUUACCGCCGCGAGCGAAAUUUCACGAUGCCAUUACG